GUGCAUACUAUUAUUUGCCAUUUUGUUCGUAUCCAAUAUUUAUAAUUGGUACACUCGACUGCGUCAGAAUCAGUUGUUGUCGCUCUAGUGGUAACAUCAUUUAAAGGUGACCUCUAGCUGUCUACGGUUGUGCUGCAAACUGUGUUAACUUCGAUCUCUCCGACUUCUUUUGCUACAUACAUUUUUACAGGAAUUAACGAAAAUGUUUAAGGUUAAUUGUAUCUCAAUUUUGGCCGCGGUGGUAAUGGUACAGAUAUUGAUUCGACAAGGCGAUGCUAUCAAGUGCUACUCCUGUAACAGCCUAUUAAAUAAGGAGUGUGGGGAUCCUUUCAACGCAGAGAAAGCUGGAGACUUCCUUGUGCCUUGCGGUUCAAAUGAUACAGUCUGCCGGAAGUCCACCACUGAAGACACGCACAAAAAUCAAGUCUCCAUAGAGCGUGGGUGUUUCGAGGCAGCCGAAAAGAAGGAGUGUCAGGAUAUCAUGAAGAUAGGAGACGUCUGUUACUGCGAGGGAGAUGAGUGCAACGGACAACUUCCAGUCGCCACUUCCGGUUGGCUACUUCCGGUGACGUUGGCGGCGCUGGUUGUGGUGGUGUUCAACGGAAGAAGAAAUUAACGCUUAGGUGAACAUGAAACGUGUAUGAAUUGUCUUGCAAAGAUAUUGUAUAAGUAUAUUUAAGUCACAAAAUAACAACCAAAGUUUUAAUUAAGUCUACAAAGUGUUGUGUCAUACAAUAACACAGUUAACACUUCGCAUAUUAUUACCACAAAAGUGAGUAAUGAAGCUUACAGAAGCUGUUAAUGAAAGGCGGAAACGUCUCUGUCAUGAAUGAUAUACGAAUAAUUGUUGGUCAGCAUUUCUUGUUUCAACAAGUAUUUUCUUUGUUGAUUUUUUUUUCUUUCUAACAGGUUGCAUUCAUCAUUUCCUUUUAAAUAUCUACUUUUCUUCAAUUUAAAGCUGCACUUUCACAGAUUUACCGUUCUUACAACUUUUUUUAAUUUUAUUGUCUUGGAAUGGGCAUUUUUUUGCGUUAAUAUCUGCAAACCAGUGAUAAAGGACUGCUGACAAAAAAUCAGAUCUCAGAUUUUCAUAUUUCCUUUCGAAAAUUCAUGUUUUAUGACGAAAAGCGUUACUAACGGUUUAAGAAAAAUGCAUAAAACAUCAUUAUUUGAACUUAUGUAUAAAAAUCUACGAUCUAUUUUUGUUAGCAAUCUUUUUUGACUGGUUUAUAUGCAUUUUCGCAUAAAUUCGCUCGUUCAAAGGCAAAAUAUAAGAAGGUUGCCAAAACGUUAAAUCUGUGAGAGUGCAGCUUUAAAUAAGACAUUAUGUGUGCCAAACGUGCACGCAGUGUAACUAGGUAGAGUCUCAUCAUCAUCCUUACGUAACAUGUUUUUUCCGUCUUUACUGGCAUGAUAUAUUGCAGCAUUGUCUCGCAUUCUCGAUUGUUUAAGUGCAGCUGUUUUCAUUUACCUUUGUUCUUAAGAUCUCUUGAUGUUAAUUUACAGUCUUGACAAGUUGACACCAAUCGGAACAUCUCCGCCAAUAUCCGACAUGACGAAGCUUGCCGGAGAUGGCCGAGUUGUUACGAUUGGAGUUGACACCUUUAUGGCUUGAACAUAUUGACGGACAAAAACCUCUCUGGGAGAUAUCGGGACCAUCUUAUAAACAGUUCGAUCGCUUUUUUUUUUAAACAAAUCGCCAAUCGGAACACCUCUGCCGCUAUCAAACAUCCAUCCCGAAGCUUGCCGGAAAUGGCCGAGUUGUUACGAUUGACAAAUUGUUCGGCUAAUUACAAGUUAAAAUUUACAUUAUAUUUGCUCUUCUCAUUACAUGUAUUUAAUCUCAAGAUAUUUCGUCGAACGUUUGUUGAAUAAAUUCCCCCGAUAUUUAUACGGACAUUACUUCUUUUAUCGGUUAAUUUUAAUGAGAUGUUCAAAAGUGUAUAUUAUGUAAUUAUACUGGUACUGUUUCUUUUUAAUUUUAAAUGCUUUGUCAGCAAUUUAUAUGUUUGUCUAUGCACACACGUUUAAACCAUAUUUCGAUGAAAAGACUGUAUUUUAUAGACUGGGGGUUAAAACGGUUAAAUAGUUUUUCAUUCAUAAAUUGUAUCUAUGCAGAAACAGGUUUCGAUCUUUUUAUCGUGAUUUUUAUAAGCUGAAAUUAGAACUAAAAAUAAACUUGUUUUAUUUUUA